AUGCCUCUGUCAUCAUCACAACCGACUCCAUCAACCGACCCCGAUCACCUUAACGCUAUGAUAGAGGGCGCUGCUGCUGUGAUAUUCGACAACGAUGGCACGAUUGUGGACAGCAUGCCCUUGCACUUGAAGGCCUACCAAGUAGCGAUGGCUCAAUUUGGACUGCUGUUCCCAGGCCCUCUAUUCUACGCCUGGGCAGGCCAGCCAGCGUCUGUCAUCAUAGAGAAGCUAAAAAAGGACCAAGGCAAACCUGAGGUUAACGUUAAAGCACUUAUGGAAGCGAAGAAAGAAGCGCUUCAUGCAGUUAUGCACACAAUUCGCCCUAUUGAGCCCGUGGUAACUCUCCUUCGUCACGCUCGGGCUAAAGGCAUACCCAUCGCAGUUGCUAGCGGGGGAGAACGAAAGGACGUGUUGGCGAGUCUGGAAGCUAGUGGGGUUGGGGUGGAUGUAUUUGAUGCGGUUGUCACGUGCGAGGACGUGAAAAACGGGAAGCCCGACCCAGAGACUUUUCUGCUUGCUGCGCACAAAUUGGGAGUGGACCCGACUAAGUGCGUGGGUCUGGAAGACGGUGAAAAGGGUUUGGAGGCUCUUCGGGGUGCUGGGAUGGUCGCCCUUGAUGCACGGACGUUUGAGGGAUACCCAACUCCCGUCAUCAACGACGUGGUUGAUGCCAAAUAA